AUGAAUAAUAAUAAUAAUAGAUUAGAUAUAGAAUUUUUUAAAGUAAUCAAGAAUAAAGUAUUGGUACAUUAUAUUUUUGUAGAGGUUGGUAGAUUACCUUUACCUGUGAAAAAGGAAAGAGCAAGUCAGGCAGACUUGGAAUUAAGAAGAGAUGGAUUCUUGGCAUGGGAUUCUUCAUUGGAUGAACAUGACGAUCAAUCAGAUAUUGCACUUGGCAAGAAGGAAAAGACAACUAGAAGAAAGAAAUACUAUCAGAUCAACAGUGGAUAUUGGUUGUUCAAGAAUGAGUAUUUUCAUCUAGCCAAGGAUAUAUUGCAGACUGGGUCGCAUUAUGUUAAUGUGGUUAGCAGCGAUAUGAAUAUUGUGGCUAGACGAUGUCACGACCCCAAGUUGUUUAACUUUUUCUACAGUCAUCUUCGUCAACACUUUCACGGUAGCGAGUUGAUCAGUCAGGCAAUGAUUGGUGGUAAUCAACAUGCUUUUGAUGUGUUUCUCAGACAGGAAACGCCUAUGCGUCUCUUGCAAGGUCACACCUUUGUAAAAACACUUUCAUUGGAGCAUCCUGACCGUCUAUCGUUUGCAAAGCAACUGUAUCAAGUCAACGCCACCGAAAAGUAUCCCAAUGGAUCAAUAGAUAACGUCAAACAUCGUAUGAGUGAUGCAAGCGAGUUGGUUGCUGCGUUUGGUGAUGAUUUGGCAGCCAUCAAGCAGUACGUGUCGGUACCACACAACUUUAAUACAUUUGACACGACCGUACCUAGAUUGGCUAGUCAUAUCGCGUCACUAAUUGGUAACUCUCCUUCGACUCUUGCACCAACUCUUCCAACCAUCUAUCUAGAGGUAAUGGUAUAUAUUGCUAAUCGUCACACAAAGUCAAAGUAUACAUUGCAAGAAGAGAUUAAAAAGACAAGAGAUGUACUAUCAAAAGUGUUGGAGCAGAGUAGUGGACAGACACUAGACUGUCUUGUACAAAGCCACGAACAAAUGAAUGUAUUUGUAUUUUUAAAUACAAACAUUUACAAAAAAUCAAAUAUAGAUUAUGACAUGACAAUCAAACAUAUUAUACAUCAUUAUCAACAAUCAGAUUGGGCAGUCAGAUUUGUGAUGAGUGUUGGUAUUCUUCCAAUCGGUGAUGAGGCUGCUAAAUUGGCCGAUGCCAUUGCCGACUAUGGAGGAACAUUCCAACAAUUCAUGGCCGUUGAAGAAGAGUAUGGUAGAGAGGUACUCAACCAACUCUACUUGUACCCUAGAUUCUCAAAAGAAUUGGCCAAACAUUUAUGGCAAAAGGCACCACCCAAUAAGAUUGGAGAAGGGACUAAACGUGCAUUCUUGAUGGGUGCUGCAAAGUCUGGUCACGUUGAUAUGAUUGAUUGGAUGAUGGCAGAGGGUCCAAAAGAUAAGUGGAGAGAAUACGUCGAUCCAAUGGUGUUGGUCAUUGAAUCAUUGUCCUCUAAAAAUGUAGAGAUGAUGCAACAUUUACUUCAAAUUGCAAUGUACGAGGCAGCACAAAAGAGUAUAUCCUACUUGUCAAGUGCACUCUAUCAAACUGAUAAACAUCGUAUCACAGUCGUCGAGAAUUGGUUCAAUCUAUCACAUGCCAUCCCAAUGGGACGACUCAGUGGAUUGGCCAGAGAACAUCUAAUGGUAACAGCCUGUUAUCAUGGAUACCCAGAUACUUUGGAGAAUAUGGUAUUGACCAUUCCCGACGACAUUCCCAUCUACCCCAAUUUUGUAACUAGUCUUAUAAAGAAUGCAAUCAAUGCACAAAAUGUAGAAGCUUUUAGAUUCAUCAUUGAAUCUCCACGUUGCAAAAAGAACCCCAUCAUCCUUGCCAACGAAAACCUCGUUGCAAUAGGUCAAUCUGGAAGCAUCGAGACAUUUGUUGGGAUAUCAAAGAUCGUCGAAAUGAACGAUCAGUAUUUAGCCGAUAUCUACAUGUCAUCAUUAACUCAUGGUAAUGUUAGAUUGGCUAAAUACAUUGAACAGGAUAUCCUACCAAUAAUAGAAACAAGUUUAUCGUUUGGUACCAUUAGAACGACUAGUUUCCUACUUUGCACAAUCAAUGGUAAUGUCGAUACGUUGAAUCACAUUUUACAAACAUCAUCAGUAAACCAUAUCUCUGGUCAAUUUGAACUCGCCAUUAUCAAUUCAUUGGUAAAUUUCCAUUUGGAUGUAUUUAAAGCAUUGGUUGAAUAUGUCGUCAAUCAUCACACCAACGUACACAACACUACCAAUUGUACAUGCUCAUUAAUGAAACAUGGUGCAUUGAAUAGUUUUGUCAAAUCUAAAAUGAAAGAAACCAAUAAUUAUCAUCGUAUCACAGAUUAUACCAUCCUACAAUAUCUAUUGGACAAAUCUCUUAUUACCCAACAUCAUUUUAAUCAUUUUACAUCAUCACGUGAAAGUGUUCAUUUACCUUCUUGGGAGUAA